UUUUAUCUCUUCACCCUUUUCUCCAAUCGCCAAAAUCGCGAAAUAGCAAUUAAGCGAAGGGGUUCGGGGUUUCAAGCUAAAAACUAUUAGUUAAAGAGUUGCGGAGAAACAUAUGGGGGAUCCUUAUUAUAGAUACCCUUCAGCUGCAGCAGAUAGAGCAGGUAGUAUUCCGAGGUCUGCAUUUCCCGGCUACUUUUCUUCCGAAGCACCCUCGCUACCGUCUCAUCAUGCUGAUAUGCAGGUUGCUUCUUCUGAUAUAAAUCAAAUGCAGCCUGGGAAGUAUGGGGUGAAUGAUAUUUCUAAUCCUGGAGUUUAUCCUGAGUCCAAUCUUGGUGGUUUAUCAGCUGGAGCAAAUACAAGGGCUUAUCCAUCUUCUUUCGGAGAUCCAAGUUUAGGUACUCAAAGAUGGAAUGCUCCUGUAGGUAUCAAUUCAAACACUGGAGUUCAUCCUGAACCUGGUUAUGGUGGUGUAUCAGCCGGACCUCCCAUUAGGGAAGUUCCAAAUUUAGUUGGCCAUCGAUGGGAUACUCCUGGCGUUAGUUCAAGUGCUGGAGUUCAUCCCGAGCCUAGUCUUGGUACUGCAUCAGCUGCAGCUACCAUUCGGGGUUAUUCAUCUCCGCUAGAAAUUCCAAGUUCCGUUGGCCAAAGAUGGGAUGUUCCUGUAGGCAUUAGUCCAAGUUCUGGACUUCAUCCCGAACCUAGUAUUGGUUCUGUACCGGCUGGAGCUAGCAUAAAGGGUUAUCCUUCUCCUCUAAAAGAUUCAACCUUAGUUAACCAAAGAGAUGACAGUCCACCGGGCACAAAGCCUGGCAUUCCAAAUGCGUUAGAUGAAAAUGCUUCUGCGAGAAAUGGUUGUGGUCACAUAGAUGCUGUUGGAGAUUCGAACAUUUUGUUCGUUGAUGGUCUUCCUACUAACUGUACGAGGAGAGAAGUAGGUCAUCUUUUCCGUCCAUUUGCCGGCUACAAAGAUAUCAAAGUUGUUCACAAGGAACCAAGACGUAGGGGAGAUAGAGCCAUGGUUUUAUGCUUUGUAGAGUUUGACGACUCAAAAUGUGCAAUGACAGCCAUGGCAGCUCUUCAAGGUUACAAGUUCGAUGACAAGAAACCUGACUCAACAACCUUGCGAAUCCAAUUCGCACAUUUUCCCUUCCGUCUUCAAAACGAUCAAAAUGAUUAACGGGUUGAGUUCUAACCAGGGAUUUAAAUUGCAGCUGCAGACUUAGUUUUGAUUGUGUUGCAUUUACUGUGGUUUGAGGAUGUAAUGGAUGCUAUCAUGGUAAAUAUCGGUGAGACCUUGGAUUCCUUUAUGGUAUGGACAUGUUGAUGUAACCAAAUUUCAAUCAUGUUAAACCAGUAUCUAGACCAGAUCAGUUCUUAUUUUGUAAUGACCAUCACAUUCACACCAGAUCUUUUUUAGAAUUUCUAUUUCAUUUUUCUCUUCAAGAUUAUGUAUUGGAUUCUCUUAUCUUGUGUACAAAUAUGGUUAUUAAUAAUUUUAUUAAUCAUAUAAA